AUGGCGAUUUAUAGUUCUGUGACAGGAGCGGUGUCUUCAUUGCUCAGUCCAGUUACGUCACAAGCUUGGGGGCCACUGGUCACUCUAUGCAAAAAUGGCACACUUUCCCAAUUCCAGAAUCUAAAGCAUGGCAAGCUGGUACUAUUUGAAGGUGGUUCGAGCAAGGCGACCGCUGCGUUUGGUUCUGACAAAGAGGGCCUUCCAAUUGCAUUCCUAAACGUGCUCGACGAGAAGUUCUGGGUGCGAUUGGCGCUUUUUGCAGACAUGGGCUUUGCAGAGAGUUACAUGUUGGGAGAGUUCACAACACCGGACUUGACCAAGUUCUUCGAGCUCUUCAUCCUGAACCGCAACUAUCUUUCCAAUGGUUCAACUUUCACCUCUGCGAUCUCUUCUGGCCUCGCUGGCCUGGUAAGAGGCAGCAACAAUCUCAAGAACGCGCGCCUCAAUAUUUCCGCACAUUACGACAUCUCCAACGAAAUGUUCGCUGCCUUCCUCUCCCAAGACAUGACCUACUCGUGCCCGAUAUGGCUACCGAAAUCGGACCCGAAAUGUGCGAGCGAGAGCCUCUACGAUGCGCAAAUGCGAAAACUCGAUCGCUUCAUCGAUAACACACACAUCAAGGGCACAGAUCAUGUUCUGGAGAUUGGUACUGGCUGGGGAAGCUUCGCCAUGCGCGCCGUACAACGGACAGGUUGCAGAGUCACAUCAUUGACCCUCUCCAUUGAGCAAAAAGAGCUGGCAGAAGAGCGAAUACGAGAGGCGGGCAUGUCAGACAAGAUACAAGUCCUCCUAUGCGAUUAUCGAAGUUUGGAAGUACCAGAGACAGGGCCUUUUGACAAGGCCGUCUCAAUUGAGAUGUUGGAGGCUGUGGGCAAAGAAUAUUUGGUGACAUACUUCAAGUGCAUCGACAAGCUGCUCAAGAAGGAGGGUGGCGUAGCAUGCUUCCAAUGCAUAACCAUGCCCGAUGCUCGCUACGAAGCCUAUGCCAAAUCUGACGACUUUAUCCGCCGAUACAUUUUCCCUGGGGGUCAUCUUCCCGCCGUCUCCGAACUCGUUGCUAGCAUACAAACCGCAUCAGGUGGAUCGCUUGUCGUCGACAGCAUAGAGAACAUCGGGCCCCACUACGCGAAAGCGCUGCGAUUAUGGCGUGAAGAGUUUCUGGAUAACUGGGAAGGCAAGAUCAAGCCACAACUUAUUAAAGAGAAGAGCCAGGAGGGUAUGGACGAUGAGGGUGCGGAGGUUUUCAAGAGGAAGUGGGAUUACUACUUCAGGUACUCAGAAGCAGGAUUUUCGACAAAGACGCUGGGAGAUGUUAUCAUCACGGUCGGAAGGGAAGGCGCCAUGCAGAUGAUGGAGGAUGUACCGCUGUAA